GGGGUUACCUCUUCUACUUUACAAAGCACUUACUUAUAAAUAGAGGAUAGGUGGUGAGUAACUGACAUUCAUCAACCAUCAUUCACAGCACAUUACUUAUUUUACAUCACAAAAAGCAAACUCGAAAAAAACAAAAAAAAAUGGCGAAUUACUCACGUAUUCACAUUCUCUUCUUCUUCUUUGUCUUCAUCGCAAGCGGCAUUGCUGUUUCCGCCACUGUGUUCACUUUACAGAACAGUUGUCCUUACACCGUCUGGCCGGGAAUUCUCUCCGGUAACGACAACACCCUCGGCGACGGCGGAUUUCCCUUGACCCCUGGCGCUUCCGUACAGCUCACGGCUCCUGCGGGAUGGUCAGGUCGCUUCUGGGCUCGUACCGGCUGCAACUUCGAUGCCUCAGGCCACGGUAACUGCGUCACCGGAGACUGCGGCGGCGUUCUCAAAUGUAACGGCGGCGGAGUUCCUCCAGUCACCCUGGCUGAGUUCACACUCGUUGGCGAUGGCGGCAAGGAUUUCUACGACGUGAGCCUAGUCGACGGUUACAAUGUCGAGAUGGGGAUUAAACCACAAGGAGGCUCCGGUGAUUGUCAUUAUGCCGGCUGCGUCGCCGAUGUCAAUGCGGUUUGCCCUAACGAGCUUCGGAUCAUGGAUCCGCAUACAGGAAUUAUCGCGGCGUGCAAAAGCGCCUGCGCAGCGUUUAAUUCCGAGGAAUUCUGUUGUACCGGUGCUCACGCGACGCCGCAAACUUGUUCUCCGACGCAUUACUCGGCCAUGUUUAAAAGCGCUUGCCCUGGCGCUUACAGUUACGCCUAUGACGACGCCACCAGCACCUUCACUUGCUCCCGAUCUAACUACUUGAUCUCUUUCUGCCCCACCCGCUCUUAAACCGGAGCUCCUGUUGCUUCUCACGUUUCUUUUGCUAUUAUUUAUUUACGGAUAUAUUAUUCAUCUUCUUCCACUUUUUAGAAUUUUUUUUAUUAUAAUUAUUCAGCUCUUACACUCACCUCAUUUGCGUUGUUGCUUUGAUUUGUAUCUUUUGAAUUUUUUAACCAAGUAUUGAUGUUUUGCAUUA